AUGAAGCUCUGUUUGAAGUGUGCGCUUGUGCUUGCAACCUGCAUCCCAGUCCGCGCAUCGCUUCUUCGCAGCGACGGCAAGCAGGACAGGCGUGCCAUUACAAGCACCAGUUUGCGUGCAAGGGUAGGGUACAUGGUGCAGGAUCUCUUGAGAAGCAAGGAUACCACUACCCGGCACAUCGCGAACAAGGUGCACGAUAAGAUGCUAUUGAGCGACGCGAUGUCCCUGCUGAAAACCAAGCUACCUCAGGACGUGGCGUCAUUGCUGCACCUCGCGCAUGGAGAGCACGCGGCAGGUGCGUACAGCGAGGCGUCGUUGGCAAAGGGCCGAGUCUAUCUGAACAACAUGAUGUACGACGCGUGGCUGCAGCUGGAUCAGCUCGAGGUCCAGUGCAAAGAGUUCGAGGAGAGCAAUCGCAUGGUCUUCAGCCAGGUGGUCACCGAUCUGGAGCAGCUCGGCGCGGAGACGGCCGACAGGGAGCGCAUGAAGACCGAGGCCGAGGGUGGCGUUGCGGACAUGGACACGCGAAUCACCGAUCUCGAAGCGUCUCUCAACACUAUCAAGCGCAGCUUCCAGAGCAUCCGCGAAAAGAACCAGUACGACUUGACACUGAUGCAGGACGACCUAGAUGUCUUCACCGCCAUUCUGCAGCUGUCGAAGUGUCCGAACGCGUACGGUGACGACACGUAUUCCUUCACCCAGUUCCAGAUUUGCGACACGGCCGAUGGCAUGGCGGUGGAGACAAACGACACCACCCUCUCGGCCAAGAUCAAAAAGUCGCCGCGCGUGCAGAAGGCUUUGCACGAGGUCAUGGUCACUGGAGAGCCUCCUGCCACCCCCUCACUGCUGCAAACAGGGCAGGAGCCCCCGCCCGAACCGGUCAAAAAGGAAAAAGCAAGUUCGAGGAAGUGUGUCAAUGGCAAAGUAAAUUGUGGUUACCUCCACGAUUUGAUGGCCCUGGAGUGGGGUAAGUUCAAGGAUCUUGUCGAUGAGCUCACCUAUAUCAUGCAACAGAAUCGGGACUCCUACGAAGGCGAGAAGGAGAACAUGAACGAGCAGAUCGCAACCCUAAGGAAUAACAAAAUGAAGUUCACAGAAAUGCUGGGAGAGGCGAUUUCUGCUCUCAACUCUCUCACAGCAGCGACGCGCGAGAAGCAACAGCAGCACCGCGAUCUCGAAUAUGCGUUCAAGGUUAAGAUGGCGGACUGCAAGAAACGCAUGACCGAGAUCCUCUACACGAACAUAUGUGGAACCAGGACCGUGCGCAACGCGCUGAUGAGGUACAGCACGGUUUCGCCCACAAACGCUAUCAAGGACUGCGACGUGACGGAUUGGUCUGCAGGACCGUGCACAACCGAUGGCAGAGGCAACUCGGUGCCAGUGGAUUGCGACGACACUUGCCCAGCCGACGUUGGGGGCGUUGAUGUCAACGCCUGCGGUGGCAUGAAGCAUCUCACUCGGCAGAUCAUCACAUCCCCGAAUUCAUUCGGCAUGGCAUGUCCCCCUUUGUUCUAUGAGCCGAAGAACGGGACCGCGGGCAUGAAGUGCAGCCAGUUCCAUUGCCCAGUGAAUUGCCAGAUGUCCGAGUGGUCUGGCUUCUCCCAGUGCUCCAAGGAGUGCGGAGGUGGGACCCAGGGCAAGACCCGUUCCAUCCUCGUGAAGCCCAAGAACGGUGGGACGGAGUGCGAUGCGACGCUCGAUGAGCAGCCUUGCAACACGGGAUCGUGCGAUCGCGACUGCACCCUCAUGCCGUGGACGGCGUGGGAGCCUUGCUCGAUGGCCUGCGGGGGCGGCAUUCAGGAGCGCACGCGCGCGGUAGACAUUCCUAUCCGGGCGAACGGCAAGUGCCCCGCAGAAAAACAUCCCGACCGAUUCGAGAUGCAGGAGUGCAACACCCAGGACUGCGUCGGCGACGAGAUCUGCAUCGCCAGGCAGGACCUCGUGCUCGCCCUGGACGGCAGCGGCUCCCUGAAGCAGGAAGGCUUCGACUACAUCAAGAAGUUUGCCCUGAACCUCACGAGCAAGUACCAGAGCGUGUACUACGGCGUGGAGGACAUGCGCAUCGGCCUGGUGUUGUUCGGCAACGGCGAGUAUUUCGACAACGGGACCGUAGCGGCUGCCCUCGAGGUGGUCCCGAUCACCAGCGAUUUGGAUUCCGUCUCGACGGCUAUUGAAGGGUUGCAGUGGCAGCGCGGGUUCACCAACAUGAUGCAAGCACUCACGGCUGCUGACAACAUGUUCGCCGACGGCCGCGAUGAUGCGCAGAGUGCUGUCAUGAUGAUAUCCGACGGCAAGUGGACCAACGCGUACCGCACCUCUAUGAAAGCAACGGCUAUGAAGGACAAGGGAGUACAGAUUUUCAUGGCCCCCAUUGCAGAGCAUAUGACAACAAAUCUGAAGAUAUCCA